UGCUGCUGCUUUUACUACAAAAGAAGAGGGAGGCAAGUAAUUGGAGAGUGACAGAAACUCCGGUGGCAUGGAGCGUGAAGUAAGGAAUUAUUAGGAAUAAUCGUUGAAAAUUAAUCAACAAAAAUAAUAACAAUAAAUGUAAGAAUUGAAUAGUGAAUAAUACGGCAGCGUUUCAAGGAGUGGUAUGCGGCCCGAAAGAAAGAAGCAAAGGGAGAGAAGGGAAUUGAAAUCACGCAGAAUUAAGUGGCAGUCUCAUCGUCUCCUCCAAACCAAAGCUCCCCCUUCUCAGAGCCAAACCAUCAGCGAACAAUCCCUCACUGAAAAUCAAAUUUCACUUUGAUCCGAAGAAGAAGAAAUUCUCUCACUCUCAGAUCUGAUUACUCAGGAUUUGUAAACAAAUCCUAAACCGGCAAUUUACAAAUCAGGUGAAUCCGAAAAAGCCCUUGGGAAUGGCAGCAAUUUACAGCCUUUACAUCAUCAACAAAUCAGGUGGUUUGAUCUUCUACAAGGAUUAUGGAUCUUCUGGACGGAUGGAUACAAAUGAUAGCUUACGAGUGGCUAGUUUAUGGCAUUCAAUGCAUGCCAUCUCUCAGCAGCUAUCACCAACUGUUGGCUGUUUAGGCAUUGAACUCCUCGAAGCUGAUACCUUUGAUCUUCAUUGCUUCCAAUCACUCACUGGAACAAAGUUCUUUGUGGUGUGUGAACCUGGAACACAGAACAUGGAAGGCCUCUUGAAAGUCAUAUAUGAAUUGUACACGGAUUAUGUCCUAAAGAACCCGUUUUAUGAGAUGGAGAUGCCUAUACGAUGCGAGCUUUUUGACAUCAACCUGUCUCAGGCAAUACAGAAGGAUCGUGUUGCUUUAUUGGGGCGAUGAACUUUCCUGGAUUUUGCUUCAAUAACUUUUGUUAUUUUUCAUUUUCAUUUGUGCAUUUGCCAUGAGAUCUUUCAAUUUUCUUUUAUGCUCUUCUUCUCCUUA